GAAAGUUCAAAUCGACUUUCUAUAACACUUGAUGAUUAUCAAAGUCGAGCGAGAACAACAAAUCCCGGAGAACUUCUCGUGAAUGCCGAAAUACCUGAAUCCAAAGCUCCUUUGUCAUUAUUUCAGGGUUAUAAGGUUACCUUUCCGGAGGCUGAAAUGUUGAAGGAAAAUGGAAAAAAAAAGGGAAAACUUAACAAACGAAAGAUCAGAGGCCUCCUACAUGAAACUCUGUCUACAUCAGACGCAAUGUCCGAAACCGCAUCAAUAGACAAUGAACACAAGCCACUCAAUCAACUUAUCGCUGAUCGCGAUCGAGUGGUGAAGGAAAAUGACCGCCUGCAUAUGCAAGAGUCACGAACGAUUUCUGAUAUCAAGAGGAUAGAGGCCGAGAUCACCGCGCUGACCGCACAGAAGCUCCAUCUAGAGGAAGACUUGACGAAAUAUGGCGAAAGAAAGAUUGAAUUGGUUGGACAAU